AUAGCGUCAUAUAAGGAACCGCUUGACCAAUCAGAUUGCUGGAAACUCUUUGCUCAGCUCUGAAAUUAUACUAAAUUCAUUUAAAACUAAUAUGUGAACAUAGUUUACUAAUAUACCACUUUUUUAUCUGUAAGGAAUUUGAAUGACCAUAGAAUAAAAUAGGCUUUUCUGUCUCUUAAUUGUUAUGUGUGAGUGCUUUUUUUUUUAAUUUUACUUUUUGUUAUUAUUAUUAUGAUUUCUAUUAUCAUUAUUCAGUCCACUUUGAAGAAUAAGAUAACUUAUAUAAUCUCUCUAGCUUGACACUAGCUAUAACUGAAAAUACUUUUCAAUCCCUCUUGGUAACUUGCCCAUGGAAGCCAUGCAAUCAAAUGUAAAUGAGGACCUGUUUACAUGGAGGUGGGGGACCCCUGGUAGGUGAGCGAAGUAACCCUUGGGAUAACCCAGUUGUCCAUAUAAUAUCUUAUUUUGUCGUGAUCACGUUUACAUGAUGGCUGGGAUAACCUGCCUUGUGGCAACCAUGCCACAUUGGAAGCAUGCUAACGACCUUACCCCAGCAGCCUGCGUUUGUGAGAUUGUAAAUGUAAAUGUAAACGCAGGCUAUUUUUUGAACACCAUUAGGCGGCUUACCUCACCUUCUUGGGUUCCCGGCCUUCCUUCAUAUAAACAUAGUGUUCCUUUUGGUAUCCUCAGUGGCAUUCCAGCGUUUUUGAGAUAUUAGCCUAAGCUACGAAAUCAGAGAUCUUUCUCGACUCAACGGUGGUUUGUUUCCUGAUCGGCGCAGCAGAAUAAUUGAAUAACCUUUUUUUCAACAAGUUACUGGCCUGUCACGCAGCAAUAUUUUAAUUGUCAUGCAACGAUUAUCUAAUACGUGACGAGAGCCGAGGCUGUGACACCUGGCCGGCCUUCGAUCAAGAGGGCUGGAACAGAAAUGUUUCAUGGCAUGUGAAAUAGUUAAACCAGCAAAAGGUGUACUUUUCUCUUUAGUAAGGAACUCUACAGUGAAACAAGUGAGAAAAUUGAGUGGCAAUUGUUUAUUUCCUUGUGGCAAGAAAAAGAUGGAAGGACUUGAGAUAACAGAGAUGAAAGUAGUGCCUUGCGUGGACUCUCGCUUCAUCCAGCCGUCCAGAGUUGUCUUCAAACAGAAUGGUCUGCCCAGAGAAUGGGAUUAUGUCAAGGAACACGAUGAUGUCUGUGCUCUCCUAUUUAAUACCACAAGACAGUCUUUCAUUCUUGUGAAGCAGUUUAGACCAGCUGUUUACAUGCAUGUCAACAGAAAUCUCCACAAGAAGGCAUUAAAUGAUGGCAGUGCUGUUACCAUGACAGCAGAUGAUUCAUCGCUGCCAAUCACAGCUCCUUUCAAUGAAGGAGUCACUUACGAACUCUGUGCUGGUAUCAUUGAUAAAAACAUGAGUCUUGCUGGUUUAAUGAAGCAGGAGAUCUUGGAAGAGUGCGGUUAUGAUGUUCCAGAAGAAAACUUGCAAGAAAUUGCAUCAUUUCGUGGUGGAGUAGGAAGUACUGGUUCUCUACAGACAUUUUUCUUUGCCAAAGUGACUGAUGAAAUGUGUGUGAGCCAAGGAGGAGGGAAUCUUAGUGAAGGGGAAAAGAUAGAGGUGUUUUAUCUACCUCUAGAGAACAGCAAAGAGUUUGUGUUUGAUGCAACCAAACAUAAACCAGCUGGACUCAUGUUUGCAUUUAUGUGGUACUUUAACAAGUUUAACAUUUAACCAUGUAACCUAUAUAUGUAAAUGUUUUCUUUCAAGUUAGAAUUUACACUCAAUUCCUGGGUAGAUGCAUGCACAUGCAAUAAACACCAAACCAAUAUAGGAUCUUUUCUUUCUUUAUUCCUUUCCUAUUCUUGGAGGCAUUCUUGUAUCAAAGCAGUCAACUGAAAUCAUUACGUGAAGAAAUUACUUAGUAGACAUAUCGAGUGAUCAUAGCUUUCAGAAUAAUAUCAAUUUCAACAACGAGCAUGUGGCAAUAAAAAGAACCAAGAAAAGUAUAAAACUAGCAAUAGGCUUCACUUUGAAUCACAACUAUGAGUUAACAUAAUCACAAAAUAAAUUGUUGCUUACCAACAAUCAACCACCUCCCAGUUAGCUCAAUGGAUAGAGCACUGGA